AUGUUUGGUAAAUAUCGUGAUUUCGUUUUGAAGCACGGAUUUUAUUCCUGAGAUGACACUUUCAUAUUUACUUAGUUAGUUUUCACUUAGUUAGAUCGUCUGAUACAUUUCACCGAAAUAUAUUCUUCUACCAUAUGUAUUUCCUUUCUUUCUGUCUGUCAGGUUGUUGUUGGUGCUGUUCAGCCUUACGCCCGCGAUAUAAACGACUUGUUGACAAUAUUUUUCCAGUAAAUCCUCAGGUGAGCUUCAUGUUUUUUAUGUUCAAAAUUAUUCAACAAUCCUUGUACAUCCUUGUACAUUAUCUUCCAUAAUGAAUACCUGACAUUGUACAUUAAGUAAUUCAUGUUUCUCUUAAACAGGAGUUGCUUUAUUUAAUAUAAAAAAAAAAAAAAUACUUUUUGGAUAAUUGAACAUAUUUGUUGAAACAUCAAUAGACUUCUAUGACUUCUAUGAGUUGUUCUCUAGUUUUCCUUUUUUAAAAUUAAAUUUCGUGCUAAUUCUGGUAUUAUUCUAUUUAUAUAUGAUAUCGUGUUAUUAUUAAAAGAUUUACACGCAUAAAUAAAAGGAAAGAGCGUCUCGUGAUAUAAUUAUUUUUAAUACAUCAUUGAACGAUAAAAUUAUUAAUAUCCAAUUUAGUUUUCACUUACUGAUUCUAAGUUUAAAACAUCAAUCUUUCUUUCUAUAUAAUCUAUGUAAUAUAAAGUUAAUAUUCAGUAUUCUUUUAUAAAUUGAUACUUUUUUAUUAGGAUGGCUUAGUGAAAAAUAAUAUGGAAAAACUGACCUUUUAUUCGCUAAGCAGUCCUGAAAAAUUAGACAGAAUUGGAGAAUAUUUGUUCCAAAGGGCUUCCAGGGAUAUUUACAGGAGAAGAAAUGGAUUUGUUGUUAUUGCCAUGGAAGCAAUGGAUCAGCUUCUAGUAGCGUGCCAUGCUCAGACAUUAAACCUGUUUGUUGAAAGUUUUUUAAAGAUGGUACAGAAAUUGUUGGAAUCUACGGAUCCGCAAUUACAAAUACUGGCAACCCAGUCUGGUGUUGUAAGGAAAACGCUUUCUGAUGAUUUGGUAGAAAACAUUUGGGAACCUGUACACAUGGAUAAAAUUGUUCCUUCGUUGUUGUAUAAUAUGCAAAAUUCAAGAUAUUCUAGUAAAGAAGAUGCAACGCCAGAUAGCCCAACUGAAGGACGAUCUGAUCCGCCACAAUUUGCAGAAACUUGUAUGCGAGAACUCGUUGGACGAGCAUCAUUUGGUCAUAUUAAAUGUGUCAUUCGACCUGUUUUAAGUCACAAUACUCUUACACAGUUGUGGAAGCAUUAAUGACUCAUCUUGAUGAUCAUUCGAAAUCAUCGCCCAAGAUUCGAACAAGUAUCGCAGACACUUUAUCUAAAAUUAUUUCCAUUGCAGCUGGUGAAAGUGUUGGUCCUUCUGUUUUGGAGAUAAUAAAUUCUCUGCUAUCUCAUCUUCGAGUUAGUGUAACAAGAAAUCAAUCUUCAAGCAAUGACGAACAAUUGUAUCAAGAGGCUCUUAUUAAUGCUCUUGGAGAAUUUGCAAAUCAUCUUCCAGAUUAUCAAAAAAUAGAAAUUAUGAUGUUCAUAAUGAGCAAAGUCCCAUACAGUCAACCAGAUCGUAUAGUUUCAGUUGGUAAAGGCGAUGUAUUACUCCAAAGUAUUCUUCUAAAAUCUCUUUUGAAAGUUGGCACAAAAUAUCAAACUAUACAUUUGAAUACAACUUUUCCACCAAGUUUUUUGGAGCCAUUAUUAAGAAUGUCACUCGCAGCAGAUGCUGAAAUGCGACUUUUAGUACAAAAAAUCUUUCACACCUUAAUCGACAGACAUCAGAAUAUUAUCAAACUUGCGAGACCUACAGUAAAUGUUGCACAACUUGAUCUUACAAUUGAAAAAGCAUCCAGACCAGACGUGAUCUUUAUUCGUAAACAUGGCCCUGAAAUCUAUUUAGCGUUAUACGAAUCGUUAGAAUUGGCAAGUAAUAAAGUGGAAAACGUAGAAUCUAUAUAUACAACAUUGGCAUUACUUGCCGUGGAAUUGGCUUCUGAAGAAACUGUGUUAGAGUUACUGAGAUUAGUACUGAGUCUUCAAGAUUUAGCUUUAACAAGUAGCCAAAUCAGUGUUUCACUCAAAUUUAAUUUACACGCUAUUGUCAUCAGUUUGCUUGUACUAAUAUCUUACGUUUGUAAUAUUACUUCGCUAAUGGAUUACGCGAGCAAGGUUGUAGAAGUACGACGGAAGGAAGCACCUCAUCUUUUGCCUGAUUUGCAAUCUCAGUAUGAUACUGGCUUAUCUUUUAGAUUAGCACCCGCCCUAUUAGUUGAUCAAACUGUUUUAAGCGAGUGUUUGAAAGGAGCUGGUCUUGACAGUGGAAAAUUGCAACAAGGAUCUGGUUAUAGUAGUAUCUCGCUACAACAUCGACACUCGUGGGUCGACAGUGCUGGGCGAAAUUCGUUAGGCGAUAUUAAUUCUGGUGCUACAGAAUUAGAUAGUGGCGGUUCAUCUCCUGGUGUUCAAAAAGUACAUUCCUUACAUAAAUUACCAGGAGAAGAGUUAACUUUUGAAAGUAUGAAACGAAUUUUAACAGAAAAUAACAAUAAUCAUGUCAUGGAAGAAGAAAAACGAUUACAAUUAUCGCACUUGUUUAGAAACGCACCAUUUCAGGAUUUGGUAUCAAAAACACAACCGAAGCAUGAUGUUUUACAAAGUAAACUAUCAGAAAUAUUUAAUACAUUAUCCGUUGAUCCACGAAAUACAAGCCAACCAAGUGGACCACCAACAGAUACUAAACCAAGUCAAGCCCCAGCUUAUGAAAUACAUUUCCCAGAAUUAUUUGUUUAUUAAAAUAACGAGUUUUUUGUUUGCUGUGACAUUUUUAUUAAGUUAAGAAUAUUACAAUGGCUAUAUGUCAAUUAUGAUCAAACUAAUUUAUUUGUACAUUUUAUGUUAAAAAACUGUGGAACAACAUUUGUACAUAUAGUGCAUUUUGAUAUCAUUUAAUGCAUAUAAUAUUUGUUUAAUAUUAAUUACAUUUGUGUAUAUAUAUAUUUUCUUUAUAAAUAAUUAAUAUUUAUUAUAAUUAUUACUACAAUAAGUAUUAUUUCAAUUUUGGUAAAUUUAUUGCUCGUUAUGCUAUCAAAGAUAUUAAAACUAAUUUGAAAUUAUUUCAUAAUUAUAACGUGUAAACUAGUGGUGUGUAAUAAUGUAACACAUUCCUUUUGCGUAAUUUGUACUGACACGUUUACGCAUUAAUACCAUUAUUUGUACGAUAUAUAGUAUAUUGUUAAUGUUAUUUUAUCAACAAAAUUCAUUUUAAUAUCUACACACCACUGGCGCAAUAUUGUAUAAAAAUGUAACAAAAUUUUGAAAUAACAUAGUUGAAAGAAACGGUUAUUAUACAAAGUUAAAAUAUUCAAAACAAAUCAAAUUUAUUGAAUACACUGAAAUCAAAAUGAUAUAUGUAUAUAUAAACACAAAAAAUUUAAAUUACAAUAGAUAAAUAUUAAUCAUGGGCUAAUAAAUAUAUUCAUAUACUUGAUGACAAGACAAUCUUUUUUAUUGAAUUUUUCUGUGUAAAGGUUCAUACUAUUACAUUAUCAAUAAUUAUUUCCUUUUGGAUCAUUGAAAGAUUUUGUACAAAAUAUCCAAGUGAUUGUUUAUCAAGUACUAUGUAAUUGGAAUGAACACAGAUGUCAGAUUACAUGUUGGAUGCUUCAAGAUUUAUUUAAUUCAAUUACUCAUAACAGGAAUGCAAUUAGCCUCGAAAACGAGCAAUGUAAAUUUUAAUGUUAUAAUGUAAAAAUGUAAAAAAUGUUCUAAUAUCGCACAUUGGUCAUUGAUGAUUUCUGUACAAUUGUAGUUUAAUUUGGAGUUUAUAUAAUUGUGCAAUCGUGGAAAAAACAGAAUUUCGUUUUUCUCUUUUGGUUUUUAUGAGCAACCAAAUUAAGGUCAGUAUGUAAAACAUACCAUUCAUGCAAUAACUACUUAACAUAAUGCAAUUUGAAGCGUUUAGUUAUCUGUGGUUCUGAUGUGUGCAAUCAAUUUAAUACACCUUGGAAAAUUCUUCAAGGUUCCACUUUCAAUAAUUCCACAUCAAAGAUAAGAACGGCAUUUGGAGGAAUAACUCCAGGAUGCCCACGGCUACCAUAGGCAAAAUCUGGUGUGCAAGUUAGCUUUGCUCGUUCUCCGACACACAUUUGAGCAACACCUUGGUCCCAGCCUUUGAUAACUUCUCCUUUACCUAUUUUGAAUUUAAAUGGUACUCCACGGUCCCUGCUUGAGUCAAAUUUCUUCCCGUUGUCAAGUGAGAAAGAACUUCUACAUCCACGCCCAUGACUAUGUAUUUUAUGUUACAGAAAUCGGAUUUCUAACGAAGAAAUAAGUAAAUUUUAUUAUACAAAAUGGGCGAUUCGUAUUGCUAAGCAGAAUUCACAUAAAUGCGAGUCUCGUGUCUGCAAAAAACGAUACUAAGUCCAAUGCCGUUCAAUGAAUAUAACAAGGUAACUGAAGAUACCCUCGGGAAAGAAAUUUUAACUGGAAAAGCCGCCGUUA